GUUGUUCUCCUGAAAAGCUUGGAACCUCGAGAUAUCUGAAGACAUCUUUUCCAGAAUUUGGAUCUUCAUAACUUAAAGUAGGAGCUGAACAAGCUGAACUAUAGUUUCAUGGCUCUAGAAAGGUAUGCAGAACCAGAUGUUGCAAUAGAGAUUAAACUUGGGCUAGGAAACCAAUCAAACAAGAUGAGCCAGUGUUUCUUUUUGUUAAAGAACUAUAUGAGCCUGCGGCAGAGCUAUUAAAUCCUGUUUGAUAUAACAUGAUUGCAAAGCACUGCAUACCUUGCGCUCAAAAAUAAAUGAUAAUGCAUAAGGCUCCAAAACAACGUUAUUAGUGCAUUUUUGGAAAUCCCCAGUUUCUCUGGAAUGUGACUUUCAUUCUUUACAGAAAUAUAAAUAACACCCAACGAAAAGAGGUUGUCUUUCUCACGUCUUGUGAGCUGAAUGCACUUAAGUCUCCACUGCUCACCUUUUGAUUUUGUGACUAAAGCACAAGCAAGACAUGAUGAAUAUUGUCAACUGUUUUUUGAUAUUUCACUUUUGUCACCUUCUCACAACUGUGCUUUCCUGUGACAUCCAUAAGAAUUCUGUAGCCUGGCAACCUGGAGACAUCGUAAUAGGUGGAAUCUUUCCAAUUCAUAAUGGGAUAUUAAAUGUAUCAGAUCGCAAGUAUGUCUCUGACUUCAAUUGUACCAAUUUGCAGCUUGGCGUUAUGAACGAGGUCCUCUCCAUGAUCUAUACAAUUGAGCAAAUUAACAAUUCCACUCUUCUGCCUGGGAUUACACUGGGGUAUGAGAUCUAUGAUUCCUGCUCUAAUGCACUUAAAGCAGUACAGACAACUCUACAAUUAAUUCCAGAAAGUGCUGAUAAUUCUGACACAUGUAUUAAUGAUGCAUUGCCUACAAUCAAAGCUGUUGUUGGAGACAAAUACUCUGAGAUCUCUGUUGCCAUUUCUAGGAUCCUAAGCACUCAUUUUGUACCACAGAUAAGUCCCGCAUCCUCUGCCUCUACUCUCAGUGACAAAGUAAGGUUCCCUUCUUUUCUACGUACUGUCCCAAGCGAUAUAUAUCAAACAGAAGCUAUUGCCAAAAUGAUCAAAGCAUUUGCUUGGAACUGGAUUGGAAUAAUUACAAAUGAUGAUGAUUAUGGCCGCUCGGCUCUUGAGUCUUUGAAUACCUUAUUUAAACAAGAAGGGAUAUGCAUUGGAUUCUCCAAAACUCUGCCAUCAUAUGUAGGACAUGUUAAUUUGCCCAGUGAGUUAGAAAAUGUCCUAGAUGAACUUAAUAAAAGCACUUCUAAUGUGGUGGUGGUCUUUGUUAAAGGACCAAUUGUCCGAGAACUUUUUAUUAAAGCUAUUGAAGUGAAUAUAUCUAAAACGUGGAUUGCAAGUGACAGCUGGUCAUACUCAAAUGAAGUCUCAAGCAUCAAAAAUAUAGAAAGGGUUGGAACUAUACUUGGAAUUAAUUUUAAAGCCGGAAAGGUUCCCGGAUUUUCAGAUUAUGUGAGAAACCUUCAGCCUCCUCUUCCAGAAUUAAGAAAUGAUUUCAUUAAAGAGUAUAAGGAACUGCGAUUUGGAUGCACAGAAGAAUACAGGAAGUACCUGGAAUGCAAGGCAUCUUCUAAAUACUGUUUUCCCAGUGACUCUGUACUGUCAAAAUCACCUCUAGCAUGCACUGUUGAGAAUGUCUAUACUGCAAAUGAUGAUUAUUUAGUGAAAAACAUUGAAAUGAAUAAAAUAUACAGCACAUCUCUGGCAAUUACAGCUAUUGGCCAAGCUCUUAGAAACAUUGUUUGCAAGAAUGGGACCUGCGAAGAUUUUAAGAAUUUGACACCACUUCAGUUGCUCAAUGAGCUCAAGAAAGGCAGUUAUUCCUACAAUAAUGAAUCAUUUCAUUUUGACUCCUUUGGUGAUGCUAUGACUGGAUAUGAUAUAAUUAACUGGAAAGUAGAUAAAAACUCUAAAAAAUUUCAAAUUGUUGGAAAAUAUGAUAUUAUGGAUAGUGCUAUAAAACUCAACAGAGAUCUCUUUCAGUGGAAUACUCUUAAUAAUCAGGUUCCUUUUUCAAAUUGCUCCACAUUAUGCAGUCCUGGAUAUUACAAAAAACAUUCCUUUAUUAGCUGCUGCUAUCAAUGCCUUCUUUGUGUUGAACAAUAUUAUUCUCCAGAAGCUGAUAUGAAUGAAUGUUUAAAGUGUCCAUCAAGACAGUGGUCAAAAAACGGAAGCUCUCGAUGUGAAAACAAAACUAUUGAAUACUUUCAGUGGAGCAACCCAAUUGCUAUUGUCUUGUUAAUUUUUGAUUCAUUUAUUUUUUUGCUUGUUUUUAUUACAGGAGCAGUGUUUUUUAAGUAUGCAGAUACACCAACAGUUAAAGCCGCAGGAGGAAAGUAUACGUACCUAUUACAAAUAUCUUUAUUACUUAGCAUGAUAACCAUUGGAUUUUUUAUAGGUCAACCAAAUAAGUUUAUCUGCCAGAUUAGACAACCUCUCUAUGGUAUCAGCUUCACCAUCUCUGUUUCAUGCAUCCUGAUGAAGUCAAUUCGAAUACUCCUAGCAUUUGAGUCAGCCAAAAAGAACAAACUUAUAAUGAAAUUAACUUACCAACCGGCAGUUAUAAUUUGUGUGUUGACUGUUGGACAGUUAUGUCUUUGCAUAUUAUGGCAUGUACUGAAAAGCCCUUUUGUUGAAGAAAUUGACAAUGUACAUAGCUUUGUCAUCCAGUGUAAUGAAGGAUCCUAUGUGGCCUUUGCUGUCAUGCUGGGGUAUAUAGGCAUUCUUGCUUUUAUCUGCUUUGUGUUAGCUUACAAAGGACGAAACUUGCCAAAGAGAUACAAUGAGGCCAGGCGCAUCACAUUCAGCAUGCUGAUAUACAUGUUUGUAUGGAUAAUUUUCAUUCCCAUUUAUCUCAAAUCUGAUGACAUGUAUCUCUCUGCAGUACAAGCCCUGGCCAUAUUGGCGUCAGUCUAUGGAAUGGUAUUUUGCCACCUCUUGCCAGCUCUGUAUAUUAUAUUGUUUAAAAGGAAAACCAACAGCAGAGAAAUGUAUCUGCAAAGUAUUUCUGCAUUCCACAGAACAACGAAGAGGGUACUUUCUUUGUAUAUAAAUAAAAGUGUCACGAACGUUACAUCAGGUGGGACUGAUACGAAGAUUAACACAGUCUCAAGACAAUUUAGUUCAGGCUCUACACUGAAAUUAAGGAAGAGACAUAAAAGUUAUUAAAGUCCACACCUUUUACUUUAUUUCUUUAUUCUGAAUCCUUAUUUUCAUCAUUCAUUAAACUCACAGCAGAACAUAUUUUUGUUACCUAAGCAAAUAAAAUAUCACUUAGGGGCAGAUUUAUCAAAGGUUGAGGUGAAGUUACGAAGUGAAAAACGUUGAAUUUCGAGC